GCAAGCAAUGCGGUAGCUACCUGAGAAGCAGCCAACCAGGAACUCAUUAACAAAGCAUGCUAGAGCUUUAAGAUCCUCAUCUGUGUUAAACGGUGGAAGCCUUUCAUCUCCUAACCAAAGAGACUUCUCGUCUUUUGACCUGUCUACCAGUCAACGACGAGAGUCAAAGAAAAUGGGCCUUCUGGAUGUUCUGAGGUUUGGCUUUGUAGACGUGAGUGGUACAGCAGCCACAGUGACCUUCCUCCUGAUCCUCUUGAUUCUACUGUAUUGGUACUCAACUUCAGCAUUUUCCAAGCUACAGAAGGUGGGCAUUUGUCAUCCUCCGCCUCUGCCUUUCAUUGGAAACCUGCUAUUCUUUCGUGAGGGCUUUUGGGAAAACCACAACAAACUGAUAAAUGAGUAUGGACCUGCCUGUGGGUACUACAUUGGACGUCGUGCAUUUAUGGUGGUUUCCGAUCCAGAUAUGAUCAAGUAUAUCUUAGUGGAAGACUUCGGAAACUUUACUAACAGAAUGGUUCCAGCUGUAACAUCUAAGCCACUUGCAGACAGCAUCCUCAUCCUGCGUGACGAGAGAUGGAAAGAAGUUCGAAGCCUGUUGACCCCAGCCUUCAGUGCUGCUAAGAUGAAAGAGAUGACUCCACUAAUCAACCAGGCAUGCGACAUCCUACUGAGUCACUUAAAGGACUGUGCAGAUUCCAGCGCCUCUUUUGACAUCCAAAGGAAUUACGCCUCCUUCACCCUGGACGUUGUUGCUAGUGUGGCCUAUGGUAUCCAUGUGGAUUCCCAGAAGAAAUCUCGUGAAAACUUUGUGAAGAACAGCAGAAGAUUUUUUGAACUUUCAUUGUUUAAACCCCUCUUAAUUCUAACGAUUGCAUUUCCAUUCAUAAUGAUUCCCCUGAUCCGGAUUUUUCCAAAUAAGAAGCAAAAGGAGGUGAAUGGAUUUUUUAUCAGUGCCAUUAAGAAUAUGAUUGCCUUGAGAGACCAGCAAGAUGCAAACGAGAGACGCAGGGACUUCCUCCAGCUGAUGCUAGAUGCCCGGCACCUUGCCAAUGACAUCAGCAUGGAACAUUUUGACACGUUCAGCCAAGGUCUGGAGGAAAGCAAGGCAGCUGCUAACAAAGGGCUCCUGAAGAAGCAGCCCAGAACAUUGAGUGAUGACGAGAUAGCUGGCCAAGCAUUCUUGUUCCUGAUCGCUGGCUACGAAACCACCAACAGCACGCUCUCUUUCGCCACGUAUCUGCUAGCCACGAAUCCCGAGUGCCAGCAGAAGCUGCUCUGUGAGGUAGACAAAUUCUUUGCAAAACAUGUGAGUAGACACCAUGCUUGA